AUGAGGUUCAUUAUAGAAGCUGCUCCGAUUGCGGCCCUUGCAUCGCUCUGUGCAGGCCAGAAUAGCAGCACCAUCCCAUCCGAGGUUCCGCUAUACGGCGACAGCCCUCCGGUGUAUCCAAGCCCCGUUGGUAAUGGCACAAGCAAUGAAGCAUGGGCAUCUUCGUACUCUCGAGCGCGAGCGCUUGUCAGGCAGAUGACGCUGGAAGAGAAGGCAAACAUCACGCGCGGCUACACAGGAAAAUGCGUAGGUAACUCGGGUGCCAUUCCCAGGCUCGACAUCCCGCCUCUCUGCUUUGCCGAUGCUCCAGAUGGAAUCCGCGGGCAAGAGUUCGUUUCAGCUUUCCCUGCCGGAAUCCAUGUAGCUGCGACCUUCGAUCGCGACCUCAUGUAUCGCUAUGGGCAUGCGCUAGGUGCGGAGUACCGUGGAAAGGGUAUCAAUGUUGCCCUUGGCCCGGUUGCAGGACCCUUGGGCCGAGUCGCAAGAGGUGGGCGGAAUUGGGAAGGGUUGAGCGCCGAUCCGUAUCUUGCGGGCAUUGGUAUGGGCGCGAUUACCAAGGGUAUUCAAGAUACUGGCGUAAUUUCAACGCCAAAGCAUUGGCUUCUGAAUGAGCAAGAAUUCCGCAGGAGAGAGAGCGACUUGGGCGACGCCGUAUCGAGCAAUGUGGACGAUCGCACCAUACACGAGCUGUACGCAUUUCCCUUUGCAAAUGCCUUCCGUGAGGGUGCAGCUUGCACCAUGUGCUCUUAUCAGAAAGCCAACAACUCGUACGGCUGCCAGAACUCCAAGCUUCUCAACGGUCUUCUUAAGACGGAAUUCGGUUUCGAAGGUUUCGUCGUAAGCGACUGGGGUGCGCACCACUCUGGAGUUGCGUCCGCCAAUGCUGGGCUAGACAUGGUCAUGCCAGACGGUGGCUACUGGGGCAAGAACCUUACUGAAGCUGUCAACAACGGCAGUGUAAGCACUGAACGAAUCGACGAUAUGGCCACCCGCAUCCUGGCCAGUUGGUACCAGCUCAAACAAGACGAGAAUUUUCCUGCUGUUGGCGUCUACUCCAACACUGUUAAGCACCAGCCCAUCGAGGUGCAAGACGACCAUCCAGAACUGAUCCGUGAAAUCGGCUCAGCUGGUACCGUUCUCGUCAAGAAUGUUAACAACACGCUACCCUUGCACAACCCCAAGUUCUUGAGCGUUUACGGUUACGACGCAACUGUGAAGUCAACUCCGUGGCAAAAUCCCUCCCGCUUUGGCGGUGGCUACGAAGUCAACUUCGGCUGGAACACACUCAACGGCACAAUGAUUACUGGCGGCGGUUCGGGAAGCAACACACCUUCCUACGUCAUCAGCCCAUUUCACGCCAUCUCCGACCGCAUCGCGAAGAAUCGCGGAACCAUCCGCUGGGACUUUGAGUCAGAAAAUCCGUACCCGCCCUACGUCAACUCCGAGGCCUGCCUCGUGUUUGUCAACGCCUACGCCUCCGAGAGCUUCGACCGCACUACCCUGACCGACGAGUUCAGCGACAACCUCAUCCAGAACGUAGCAGCGAAUUGCACAAACACAAUCGUUGUCAUCCACUCCGCGGGUAUUCGCACAGUCGACACAUGGAUCUCGCAUCCCAACAUCACCGCCGUGCUCUUCGCCGGUCUGCCAGGCCAAGAAAGCGGCAACUCCCUCGUCGACAUCCUCUACGGCGACGUCGCGCCCAGCGGCAAGCUGCCCUACACCAUCGCCAAGCAGGAAGGAGACUAUGGCGCGCUCCUCAACUCGUCCGUAUCGUUCGACUAUUUCCCGCAGGACGACUUUGAAGAGGGCCUUUAUAUCGACUACCGCGCCUUCGACAAGAACAACAUCGAGCCGCGCUUCGAAUUCGGAUUCGGACUUACGUAUACCACUUUUGAAUAUGCCGACCUGUCCAUCAGCCCAAUCGCCAAUGGCACAGCCGAGUAUCCCAACCCCGACGUCGCCAUCGUGCAAGGCGGACAUCCGCAGCUCUGGGAGGCAGUUCUCACCGUGACGGCGAACAUCACGAACACGGGCAACCUGACUGCGGCGGAGGUUGCGCAGCUGUAUGUCGGGAUCCCGGACGCGCCCGUAAGACAGCUGCGUGGGUUCGACAAGGUGUACAUCGACCCGGGGAAGAGCGUAACGGCGAGCUUUACGCUGGCAAGAAGGGAUUUGAGUGUGUGGGAUGUGGUGUCACAGCAGUGGAGGUUGCAAAGGGGGAGCUACGAGGUGUGGGUUGGAGCAAGUAGCAGGGACUUGAGGUUGAAUGGUACGUUCACUGUGGGUUAG